GGUUACCCACGAGCACGUAGGGGCGGGCCCGUGAGGGCUGUACGCGUGCAUGAAAUUACCGACCCGUGACACCCGACGAGCAUGGAUGCACCUCUGCUUUAGGAUAAGCCACGGCGUAUCAUAUACACGGCAAGCUGCUCAUUCGACAGUCCAUAAGUCCAGCUAGAUCUCCAUUUUAAACAGCGAAACAAAGCGCAACUGCAACUGCAAAUGCCCAAGCAGCGCCUUUAGACCGGGCAGCGAGGCUACUAAGCUAGCCUUACACCCAUGUCGCGCAAGGGCGGCUAUAAAUGGGCCGGGAUAGGUCCAACCGCCCAAGGGCCUGGCGCGGGCCUGGCGCCGGGUCCAUCGGCUCCAACUACAAGUGGACGCGGUCGCUCAGCGGCUCUUGCGGCAGACGGCCGCACGCUGGUGGAGCUGGUGCAGGACGAGCUCAAGGCGGCUCGGGCGGCGCUGCACCAAGAGGGGCGCUACGCCGGCUUCUCGGCACUGCUGGAGCGGGUGGUGCCGGCGCUGGAGGCCCGCGGCGUACGGCAGGCGGAGGCGGCGGUGCUGGAGCUGGGGCGGGCGGGCGGCGGCGGCGCCUACGUGGGCCACCUGGUGCAGCGGGAGCGGCGCGUGCGGGCGGCGGUGGCGGCGUGGCAGGCGGUCAACAGCCGCAACGUGGCGUGUGUGUACGACCUGGAGGCGUUCGUGAUGGACCGGGAGAAGGCUCACACGGAGUCGGCGGAGGUGUGUGGGUCUCUGCGCUGCUACAACGACCUGCUGCUGGGGCCGCUGACGUGUCACCCCGACGUGCUGCGCAUGGGGCUGGCGGCGGAGGGGCAGACCGCCAUGCCGCUGCCCAGGGUGACGCGGGCCGACGUGUUGGAGGUGAUGUCGGAGCUGCUCCGCCGCCGCGCCCGGGCCGGCACCCCCCUGCCCGUGGAAGAGGUGGCGGCGGCGGUGGAGGCCAAGUACGGCAAGCCCCUGGUGGAGCUGGGGGUGGUGAUCGGCACGCACCUGGGACUGCACAUCGGCGACCUGCUCAAGGCUGUGAGCACGUCCAGCACUGAGCUGCGCGCGGCGCGGGAGUCGCUUCAGGCGCGAGCUGGCGGCGACGUGGCGCGGCUGACGUUGGAGGGGCUGAGGCUGCUGCCGGUCGCCAUGGCUCAGGCCCAGCAGGAUGUGGCGGACUGCGUCACCGCACUCAUCCAGGGGGCACAGGAAUUCGCGGAGGCAGCAGAGCAGCACCUGCACGCGCGCUCCGCCAGGCUGCAGGAGGCCACCACGGCGGCUGUGCUGCGCGGCAGUGGCGGCGGUGACGGCGGUGAAGGUGGCAGUGGCGGCGGCGGCGCGGAGGGGGUGGUGGAUGUGGCGGCUCUGGCGGCACUGCAGCAGUCGUCGGCGGCGAUGCUGGAGCAGCUGCAGGGCAUGCUGGUGCGGGUGGUGGGCGGCUCGGUGGAGGCCCUGGCACUGUCUGGCCGCUGCGGCCGGGCGGAGGUGGCGGCGGCGGCGGAGCGACUCAGGCGGGAGCGGCGGCUGCAGCUGCUGGCGGCGCCGCCAGCGGGGGAGGCGGGGGCGGCGGGGGCGGAGUACGGGCAUGAGGAUGUGGAGCGGGAUGUGGAGGCGGAGGCGGAGGCACGGCGGGCGGCUGUGGCGGACAUGUGGGAGAGGGUGAUGGGCGAGCCGCUGCCGCAGGCGCGCCUGGACGCCAUCUACCUCCUGCUGCACUCCACACCGCCCCACCUCACCACCCCCAGCAGCACCACCACCAGUGGGCGCAGCGGCAAAAAGGUCCAGCCCGAGGUGGCGGCGGUGGCGGCGGCGGAGGUGGUCCGCUGUGUGGAGGAGCUGGCGGUAGCCAUGCACCGGGUGCUAGGGGCGGCGGCGCUGAUGGUAAUCCAGCUGAGGGCGGCGCUGGCAGCGGCGGCGCAGGCGGCGGCGCGGCUGGAUCCGGAUGGCGGCGGCGGUGGUGGUGGCGGCCGCGGCGGUCACGGACUGUGGCUGCUGCUGCAGAAGGGCGGCAGCGGGGGUGCUGCUGCGGGUGCGGACGGCGGGGAGGAUGAGGAGGGUGGUGGUGUGGCGGCUGCACGGCGGCAGCAGCAGCGGCGGGCGGCUGUCAGUUGGCGGCGGCUGCGUGAGGCGGUGGCGGAAUUCAACCAGGGUCUGUCGUUCCGAGCUCUGGCGGCGCUGGAGCGGGACGUGGCGGCGGCGCUUGGCUGUAGCCGCUGGGAAGAGCUGGGCCGCGGGCAGUCGCUGCUGGAGGCUCUGGCGGAGAGUCAGGAGCUGGUGGCGGAGCUGCUGGGCGGCGGCGCCGCCGCGGCGGUGGCAGGCGGCGGCGGCGACGGAGCAGGGACAGGAGCCGGAGCAGGAGCUGGGCUGGGUGCGGUGGCCUUUGGCGGAGCCGGCAUUGGCGGCGGCGGUGGCGGCUUCGUGACGGCGGCGGAGGUGCUUCAGCUCGUGGGCAUGGUGGCGGCGGCGGCGGCGCGGCGGCGGGCGGUGGAGGAGGCGGAGGCGGUGGCGCCGCCGCCGCCGUCGGCACCUUCUAGCGACAGCCGCCCCUCGGACCGGCAGUCUGACACGGGUGAGGGGCUGCUUGACGACGAGGGGGAGGGGGAGGGGGAGGGGGAGGCGGGGCUGGCGGCGGCGGUGGAGGCGGCCCUGCGGCGGCAGUACCCCUGGGUGGCGUGCGCCGCGGCCCUGGGGUUCGGGCCCGUCCGGCGGCUGCUGGCGGAGGCGGAGGCGGCGGGCGACGUCGGCGGAGGCGGCGGAAUGCUGCUGGCAGCGGAUGCUGGAGAAGAUGGAGGCGGUGGUGGUGGUGAGGGCGGUGGGAGGAGUGCAGGGCACAAUGGCGGCGGCGGCGGCGGCGGCCGCAGCGGCGGCGGCGGCGCGACUGAGGUGCUGCCGGAGCUGGGGCUGGCGCCGCCGCUGGCGGCACCUGGCACUGGCAGCGGCGGCGGCCGCGCCGCCGCUGGUGCUGCCGCCGCUGCGGUUGCCAUUGAGCGCGACGGCAGCGGCACCGCGCUGGAGGCGGUGGUGGGCCGCUGGUGUCAGCAGGAGCAGGCGCACGAGCAGCCCAACCCGGCAGGGGGCAGUGCAGUCAACAGAGCGAUGCCAAAGAGCGAAGACACGCAUGACGACGACGACCACCAUGGCGGCGCGGGUGACGAAGCCGAGGGCGGUGGUGCCGGGGCCGAGGCCGACGUCACGGCUGCUGCGGCGUGGAGCUGCCUGGAGUCGGCGCCCCUGCUGUGCGACCUGGGCGACUGGUGCCUGUGGGGGCGGGUGUUCGCGCCGCACCUGGGGUCGCUCAAGGCCUUCCUGCAGCACGGCGGCGGCGGCGGCGGCAGUGGCAGUAGCAGGCGGCGGCGGCCGGCGGUGCACAGGCGGCAGCAGCGGGGGCCUGAGGGGAGGCAGGAGCAGCAGGGCGGUGAGGCGGCGGAUGGCGGUGGCGAUGGCGAUGGCGGCAGUGGCGGUGGCAGUGGCAGUAGCGGCGGCGGCUUUGGCAGUAGCAGUAGCAGCAGCUGGCGGGCGGUGGAGGCGCCGGGGGGUGCGCUGUUCAAGGUGCCCGCGGGGCUGGGCGUGGAGGGUGCGGUGGCGCAGUUCCGGCAGCGGCUGUCCGAGAUGGACGCGGGCGGCGUGGCGGCGGCGCUGCUGGCGGUGGUGGCGGAGGCGGGCGGGGCGGAGCACGCGCCGCUGCGGUACCUGUCAGACCUGGUGGAGGGGCGCUGGACGGCCUGGGUGGAGGCGGCGGAGGCGGCGGCCACACCCGCAGCCAGGUUGUUCGGCAGCGCCUCCGCCGCUGCACGCGGAGGUGCCGGCGGCGCCAAGCCCCACCAGCCGCCGCCGCACCCCCGCCUGCCGCUGCUGCGCUGUGUGCUUGACUGCCUGGCUGCCAUUCCUCAGCCGCUGGCGGCGCUGCGGCGGGUGGCGGCCGAGAGGGUGCUGCUGCCGCCGCUGGAGAGCCCGGCGGUGGUGGGUCGCGGCUGGCGGGAGGCUCUGCUGGCGGCGUGCGCCAGGCCCGCACACAAGGCGGUGCUUCACCGACUAGGAGUGGAGCUGGGCGUGGAGGAGUGGUGCCGCGACUGGGCCGCAGCGCGACUUCCGCCCGCCGCCGCCGCCGCCGCCCGCCGCACUGCCCAGGCCCCGCCGGCGCCCAAGCCCCAACCCGCCCAAGUUGCCACACCCAGUAGCAGUGGCGGUGGCGCUGAAGUCUUAGCGGCAGUCACGGCGGCAAAGCCGCCGCCGCCGGCGCCGCCCAGCGCUUCUACUGCCGCGCUGUCGCCAGCAGCAGCGCGAGAGCAAGCGCCCGGCAUUCCAGCGGCGGCUGCUCAGCAGCGGGAGCUGAAUCCGACAGCGACGGCGACGGCGACGGCGACGGCGGCAGAGACGGAGGCAGAGGCACCGUCUGGGCCGCAGCCGCCGGAGCCGUCAGCGGAAGGUGCAUCUGCUGGCAGCUCCGGCGCCACUGCAGCCGCGCCCGCCACAGACGAUGCAACAUGUGCUGAGGCGGCGGCGGCGGCGAGGGGUGCGGGGGCCGCCACGCCGUCGGAGCCCACCCCACCGGCGUCAGCUUCGGACGGUGCUACUGCUGCAGGGGAUGGUGCUGGUGCUACAGCCGCGCCGUUUGCGAGGGAGGCUGUAGCACCCGCGGCUGCUCCCGCGGCUGCUGCUUCUGCUGCUGCAGCUACUGCUGGCGGCGGUGGUGGUGACAUCGUGAGCCGCAGUCAGGCUGAGGCUGAGGCGCUGAGGCGGCGUGGGGCGGAGGUGGUGGAGCGCAUACGACACACGUACGGUGUGGACAAGUGCUACAGCGAUCCUGACGCCGCGGAGACCAUCCGCUGCAACACGGCGCGUGUGGGCAACGCCGUGGAACAGCUCAGCGCGCAGCUCUACUCCAAGGACCUGCACUUUGUGAUGGAGCUGCUGCAGAAUGCAGAGGACAACUCCUACCCGGCUGGUGUGGUGCCGUGUCUGGAGUUUGUCCUCACACCCGACAGCCUGGUGGUGCUCAACAACGAGGAGGGGUUCAAGGAACAAGACAUACGGGCGCUCAGUGACGUCAACCAGAGCACCAAGAAGAAGAAGCGCGGCUACAUCGGCAAGAAGGGCAUUGGGUUCAAGUCAGUGUUCAAGGUGUCGGACGCUCCCGAGGUGCACUCGGGCGGCUUCCACGUGUCCUUCAGCCGCACCGCACACGGCAACCUGGGUAUGGUGCUGCCAUCCCUCGUGCCCCCCUACACCGGAGCCGACAUCGCCGCCGCCUGCCAACUGGGGCUGCUGGCGGCGGCGCCGGAGCGGGAGGAGGGAGAGGGGGAGGGAGAGAGGGAGGCGGUGGCAGCCGAGGCGGCGCGGGAGAAGGGGGAGGUGGUGGUGGUGGGAGAUGGGGGAGGAGGAGGAGGAGGCGCUGGUGGUGGUGGUGUGUUCGGCAGCAGUGCGGCGCGGACCAUCAUUCGCCUGCCGCUGAAGAGGGACGAGGCUGCGGCGGCGGCUAUGGCUGCUGCUGCUGCUGCGGCUGCUGGAGCUGAGGCGGCGGCGGCGGGUGCAGCAGCAGCAGAUGGAGCGGAGGAGGAGGCUGCUGCGGCCGAGGCUGCUGUGGAGGCGGCGGGUGGUGGUGGUGGGCAGCAGCAGCAGGUGUCGCCGCCGGCGCCGCUGUAUGAUGAGGGCGUGCUGGCGGUGGUGGAGGCACUGAGGAAGUCCCUUGCUGACGUGGACCCCCGCCUGAUCCUGUUCCUGAAGAAGCUGCGGUCCGUGGCCGUCACCGACGCAGUGGCGGCUGUAGCAGCAGCUGCUGCUACUGCUACUGCUGCAGCUACUGCCAACAUCAGUGCUGAAGGCAGCGGCGGCAGUGCAGGCCAGCAGCUGCUGCUGGAUGGCUGUAGCAAUGGCAGUUACGACAGUGGCAGUGGCAGCAGCAGCAGUAGCAUCCAGGUGCACAAGCAGGAGCUGGGCGGGGGGCUGGUGUCUCUGAGGUGGGGGCCGGCAGGGGCGCUGCGGCAGUCGGCGUGGCUCAUUGUCAGUGACAGCUUCACGCCCUCCGUAGACAGAGGCGACCUGUCCGUGUCGGAGCUGGGCGACACAGAGGUCUCCCUCGCCUUCGACCUCAGCUGUGCACACGACAUCGCCACAGCCGCCGCAGCCGCAGCCGCGGCCGCCGCGGCGGCAGCCGCUGCCGCAGCCGAAGGCAGCGGCAGCAGCAGCAGCGGUGGCAAGGCCACUUCUGGUGGUGGCAUGGGUGGCGGUGGCGGCGGCUUCGGGCUGGGGUCUCUGGGUCUGGCGGCGGCGGCGGCGGUGGGCGGCCGACAGCUGCCGCGGCCUCCGCAGCAGGAGGUAUUUGCCUACCUGCCCACUCGCAGCUACGGGCUGCGGUUCAUGGUAAACGCCGACUUCAUCGUCACCACCAGCCGGGAGGCGGUGGACAACGGCAGUAGCUGGAACCACAUGUUGGCCGCCCGCAUCCCGCAGCUGUUCGCCAGGUCGCUGAGGGAGCUGCAGAGGCUGGACCAACUGCAGCAGCAGCAGCAGGCGCAGCAGCGGGAGGUGCAGGAGGGGCCGGCGCAAGAGCAGGCGCAGGAGGCAGCGGCCCAAGCAGCGGCCCCAGCAGCGGCGACAGCAGCGGCAGCGGCAGAAUCGCUGGCCGAGGCGGCAGCGCCAGCCGGGGCAGCAGUGGAGUCCGAGGAUGCGGAGGUGUCGGCGGCUACAGCUACUGCCGAUACGACUGCUACUGCCGCUACGACUGCCGCUUCUCCCCCCGCUCCUCCGCCCCCGCCGCCGCCGGCCCCACCCCCGCUGCUGCCGCCCAUGCCCCCACACGGCUGGCUCAACUACUGGCUCAGCUGCCUGCCGCUGCCCGACGAGCCGCACGACCUGUUCGCGCCGCUGCCUCAGCGCAUCGCCGCCGUGUGCCGCUCCGCCGUGCGGCUGCCCACCACCUGCGGCGCCGCACUCAGCCCCGCCACCCACCAGCUGCGAGUGUGCCACGACCCCCGCGUGCGGGAGCUGCUGGCGGGGCCCGGCAUGCAGCAUGCUCUGCGGGCCGCCGGCCUGUACUUUGUGUCCGAGGCGGUGGCGCCCCUGCACGCCAGCUCGCGGCUGCGGGCGCUGCUGGGCGUGCAGGACUUCCACGCACAGGACCUGAGGGACGAGGCUGCGGCGGCGGCUAUGGCUGCUGCUGCUGCUGCGGCUGCUGGAGCUGAGGCGGCGGCGGCGGGUGCAGCAGCAGCAGAUGGAGCGGAGGAGGAGGCUGCUGCGGCCGAGGCUGCUGUGGAGGCGGCGGGUGGUGGUGGUGGGCAGCAGCAGCAGGUGUCGCCGCCGGCGCCGCUGUAUGAUGAGGGCGUGCUGGCGGUGGUGGAGGCACUGAGGAAGUCCCUUGCUGACGUGGACCCCCGCCUGAUCCUGUUCCUGAAGAAGCUGCGGUCCGUGGCCGUCACCGACGCAGUGGCGGCUGUAGCAGCAGCUGCUGCUACUGCUACUGCUGCAGCUACUGCCAACAUCAGUGCUGAAGGCAGCGGCGGCAGUGCAGGCCAGCAGCUGCUGCUGGAUGGCUGUAGCAAUGGCAGUUACGACAGUGGCAGUGGCAGCAGCAGCAGUAGCAUCCAGGUGCACAAGCAGGAGCUGGGCGGGGGGCUGGUGUCUCUGAGGUGGGGGCCGGCAGGGGCGCUGCGGCAGUCGGCGUGGCUCAUUGUCAGUGACAGCUUCACGCCCUCCGUAGACAGAGGCGACCUGUCCGUGUCGGAGCUGGGCGACACAGAGGUCUCCCUCGCCUUCGACCUCAGCUGUGCACACGACAUCGCCACAGCCGCCGCAGCCGCAGCCGCGGCCGCCGCGGCGGCAGCCGCUGCCGCAGCCGAAGGCAGCGGCAGCAGCAGCAGCGGUGGCAAGGCCACUUCUGGUGGUGGCAUGGGUGGCGGUGGCGGCGGCUUCGGGCUGGGGUCUCUGGGUCUGGCGGCGGCGGCGGCGGUGGGCGGCCGACAGCUGCCGCGGCCUCCGCAGCAGGAGGUAUUUGCCUACCUGCCCACUCGCAGCUACGGGCUGCGGUUCAUGGUAAACGCCGACUUCAUCGUCACCACCAGCCGGGAGGCGGUGGACAACGGCAGUAGCUGGAACCACAUGUUGGCCGCCCGCAUCCCGCAGCUGUUCGCCAGGUCGCUGAGGGAGCUGCAGAGGCUGGACCAACUGCAGCAGCAGCAGCAGGCGCAGCAGCGGGAGGUGCAGGAGGGGCCGGCGCAAGAGCAGGCGCAGGAGGCAGCGGCCCAAGCAGCGGCCCCAGCAGCGGCGACAGCAGCGGCAGCGGCAGAAUCGCUGGCCGAGGCGGCAGCGCCAGCCGGGGCAGCAGUGGAGUCCGAGGAUGCGGAGGUGUCGGCGGCUACAGCUACUGCCGAUACGACUGCUACUGCCGCUACGACUGCCGCUUCUCCCCCCGCUCCUCCGCCCCCGCCGCCGCCGGCCCCACCCCCGCUGCUGCCGCCCAUGCCCCCACACGGCUGGCUCAACUACUGGCUCAGCUGCCUGCCGCUGCCCGACGAGCCGCACGACCUGUUCGCGCCGCUGCCUCAGCGCAUCGCCGCCGUGUGCCGCUCCGCCGUGCGGCUGCCCACCACCUGCGGCGCCGCACUCAGCCCCGCCACCCACCAGCUGCGAGUGUGCCACGACCCCCGCGUGCGGGAGCUGCUGGCGGGGCCCGGCAUGCAGCAUGCUCUGCGGGCCGCCGGCCUGUACUUUGUGUCCGAGGCGGUGGCGCCCCUGCACGCCAGCUCGCGGCUGCGGGCGCUGCUGGGCGUGCAGGACUUCCACGCACAGGACCUGGUGGCGCUGCUGGAGAUGCUGCUGGCGAGCCGCGCUGCUACUGCCAGCACCCACGCUACUGCCGGCGCCGCACCCGCAUCGGCCUCGCACCCGAACGGCGCGGAGUCGGAUCCACAGCCGCCGCCGCCCCAGCAACAGCAGCAACAGCCGCGCAUGGGUCUGGCACUGCUGGCUCGACUGCUGCUGGUCAUUUUCAGCGCCCUGGGGGUGAAGCCCGAGGCCGGCAGUGGCAGUGGCAGUGGCAGUGCCAGCAGCAAUGGAAAGUGGGGCAGCGGUGCAGGCCCGCACCAGCAGCGCCCGGGCGGCGCGGCUGCUGGCGGCGGCGGCGGCGGUGCCGGUGCGGACCGGCUGUGGGCGACGCUGCGGGGGCUCAACCUGCUGCCUGUGGCGGGCGGGGGAGAGGCCUGGGUGCGGCCGCCCGGCGGCGGCGGCAAGGCGGCGCCCGUGUUCCUCAUGCCCCCACCCGUGCCGCCGCCGCCGUCGGCAUCGGCAUCGACAACGGGUAAGGACGGCGCAGCGGCCGCAGGUGGUGGCGGUGGUGGUGGUAGGGCGGGUGCGGCCGGCGGCAAAGCCGCUUUCGGCGGCGGUGGGCGCGGCGGCGACGGCGGCGGCGGUGAGUUGUGGCUGGCAGGUGUGUUGGCGGCAGUCGGAUUGCCACCCGACCUAGAACCGCUGCUGUCGCCGCUGCGGCAACAGACGGCGGCAAACGCGAGAAGUGCCACCGCUGCCACCGCGGCCGCAAGCAGUGCCGCGGGCCCGCAGCGCAAACCAAUGGCGGCGGCGGCGGGGGCAGGAGCAGCAGCCCAACCGUCACUGCGUUUCCUGGAUCCAGAUCUGGUGAGUCAGCUGCCGUACAGCGAGCAGCGCGCUGUUCUGCUGGCCGGGCUGCGCGAGCUGGGCGUACGGCAGCUGGAGGCGUCCGACGUGUACGACCUGGCCGUACUGCCGUACCUGCGACACGUCAGCAGCACUGGCGGCGCCGCCAGUAGUAAUACCUCUGCCAGUAGUGUCGCGCCGCCGGCGGCGGCUGCACCGCCAUCGAAAAUGGUGCCGGCACCGGCGGCGGCGGCGGCGCUGGUUGCGUGUCUGGCGUUCCCGCUGGCGGCGGGGCUGCUGACGCCGCCGUCGGCGGCGGCUGGCGGCGCCGCUGGCGGCGCCGCCGCCGCCACCAACGCCGCCAUCCUGGACGACCUGCGCCGCCACGCCGUCAUCGUCACCGCCUCAGGCCGCCUAGUGCGCUGCCCGCCGCCGCCGCCGCCGCCACUGCCACAAGCACCAGGAUCCCGCAGUGGCGGCGGCGCCGCCGCCGCCGCCGCUCAGGCUGCUGCCUCUCGCAAGGCGGCUGCUGCUGCUGGCGUGACUGCGGCUGCAGGUGCGGCGGUGGCGGCGGCUGCGGAGUUGUAUCUGCCGCCGGUGCUGUGCCCGCGCCACUUCAACCUGGCGGAGUGCUUCCCUCGCUGGUGUGAACUGCGGCGGGUCGCCAUCGUGUCAGACGCCUACCUCGCCUGCGGCAGUAGCAGAGGCACUGGCAGCAGCGGCACCGGUGGCGGCAGUAGCAACGGUAGCGGCGGCUUGAUAAAGGCGGAGGCGUGGAGCUGGCUGCUACGCAGUCUAGGCGCCACGCCCUUCCUGCGCCUGCAGCGGCGACUGGUGCUGCUGUGGCCCAGAGGCGUGCCGCCGCCGCCAGUGCUACAGCCGCCGCCGCCGUCAGCAGCUGCGGCUACAGCCGGCGGUGCCGGUGGCAGCGACGCGGCGGCGGGCAGUAGUGUGGGUGCUGACCAGCAGCUGGGUACGGCGGCAGCGGCGGCGGCUGUGGGAGGUAGCGGCAAGCCGAAGGGAGCGCUGGCGGUGGCGGCGGCGGCCCUGGGUGCAGACGCACUGCUGUCGCUGGAUGCAUCGGGUGGCGGCGGCGGCGCCGGCAAGCGCGCGGCCGGCGGCGGCAGAGGCAGUGGCAGUGGCAGCGGUGUGGGAGGCGGCUCGUCACUAUGGAGUAUGACGGCGGGCGCGGUGGUGGCGAUGGCUUGGGAGGAGUCGCCGUGGGGCCGCCAGCAGUCACAGCAGCAGCAGCAGCAGCAGCAGCAGCCGGAAGAGGGUGCAGGCGAGGAGGUUGUGCUUGGGGCGGAUACGGAGGAAGCGGAGGCGGCCAACGGCCGGGACGGCGGGUACCCGGCCAUCGCCGCCGCUGCCGCCGAGGCUGCCGACUGGAGUGGGGAUGCGCCUAUGACGGGGGCUGCCGGAACUGCAGUGUCCGCCGCCCGGCUGCAGCCGCCGCCGCGGGGCCGUGUGUUGGCAGUGCAGGACGUGUGGUGCCCGGCCUUGGAGGACCUGCUGUCAGUCAUACUGUCGCCGGGUGCGGCCGAGGAGGAGGCGGCGGCGGAGGAGGUGGAGCGCCGGAGCCGCGCGGCGCAGCAGAGCAAGAGCGGUGCCGGGGCAACAGGCGGCAAAGACGAUGAUGCGGAGGAGGACAAGGUGGAGGGAGGAGGAGGCGGCGGAGGCAAGCCGGCAGCAACAGCAGUAGGGGAGAAGGAGGCGGGCGGGGACAUGUGGGGCCUGCAAGGCCUGCUGGCCGGCGGGGCGGCGGCGGAGCUGUCAUCCGGACUGCCGCCCAGCUUGCGCCUAGCCAUGGGGCUGGGCCUCGGGAACGAGUCUGCGGCAGCAGGCGAAUCGCAUGGUAGCGCAUCUGGCGGCAGCGGCGCAGCAGCAGCAGCCGCUGCCGCGGCGGCCCUGACGGGCGGGAUGGCGGCGGCGGCGGCGGCGGCGGCGGGGCCGCCGCCGCUGCGGCUCAGUGAGGAGCAGGUGCGGCUGCUGGCGCGGGUGGCGUGGGCACUGCAGGCGCUGUGGGAGGAGGGCGAGGGGUGGGAGUGCGGGAGGUACGGCGAGGAGGGCGUGCGGCUGGCGGCGCCGCCGGUGGUGGUGCGGGAGGAGGAGGCGGUGGAGGCGGUGGAAGCGGCGGCGGCGGCGGCCGCCGCCGCGGCGGCGGCUCCGGCGGCGGCUGGCGGCGCGGCCGCCCUUGCGGCAGCGAGUGCGGUGCUGGUUGCGGCAGCGGCCAAGGCCGCCAGUCGUGGCCCUGUUCCGGCGUCCCUGUGGGAUUCAGGCUUUGGAGCGGCAGCAGUCGGUGGCGUCAUCGGCGGCGGCGGUGUGCCGCAGCAGCAGCUGCCGAGCAGCUCCUUCUUGAUGCUGCUCAGGCGCCGGCGGUGGCUCCCCACGGCUGCGGGCACGGCGGUGACGGCGGCGGAGGCGCUGCCACGACUGCCGCGGCUGUUGGAGCUGUUCGGCCCCUCCAGCCCGCUGGCGCUGCUGGCGGACGUGCCCGGCUGCGGCCUGGUGCCCGGCACCCCCCUGCUGUGCGCGCUGGGGCUGCCGCGAGACGUCAGCCCGCACCUCGUGCUACAGCUGAUGAGCCGCCUGGCACACACGGCGGCGGCGGCGGCUGUAGCUGAGACUGGAGCUGGAGGCGACGGAGGCAGAGGUGGCGCGGCAGGAGCAGCUGCUGCUACAGCCGCGGUCAUGGCGGGCAGCAGUAGCAGCAGCGCGGCCAGAGGCGAUGGCAAGCAGCGGCGGGAGAAGGAGGCGGCUGCGGCUACAGCCGCAGCCGGCGGCGGCGGCAGUAGCAGUGCCACUGCUGCCGCUGCUGCCGCUGCUGCAACUGCUGCUGGUGCGGUGAUGACGGGCCUGCCGCUGUGUCUGGACCCCGGCAGUCCACUGCGGCUGUACCGCUACCUAGCGGCGGCGGCCGAGCGCGACCAGGCCGUGUGGGAGCAGGUGUGCGCCGCAUUCACAAGCCAGCCGCUGCUGUGGCUGCCAGAUUCGCCAGAGUCGCUCUCCACCACCGCGGCCCCAGACGGCUUCGGCGGCUUUGGCGGCGGCGGCGGCGGCUGGGGCGGCUUCGGCGGCGGCAGUAGCCGGUCCGGCCUGCCGCACCGUGCCGCGCUACAGCCGGUGCCGGGCCGCUUCUACCGGGCAGGUGACCAAGUGGUGCUGUCCGACCCCACCGGUGUGCUGGAGCAGCUGGCAGUAGCAGCUGUAGCAGCAGCGGCGGCAGUAGCAGCGGGAGCGCCGGCGGCAGUAGCAGGGGCGGCGGCGGUGGGGCCGGCAGGGCCCAGCGGCAGGCCGCCGCCGGCUGCUGGCAGGAGGCUGCUGGCAGCGGAGGUGGCGGCGGCGCUGCCACGAGUGCUGGAUGUGCAUUACAAGGAGUUUCCCGAGGUGCUGAACUUCUUCAUAAGUCUGGAGGAGCUCAAGACCCCUGACAGGCCGUCGCGGCAUGGAGGCGGCGGCGGCCGGCGGCCGGCCUGGGACCAGCCGCUGCCGCUGGUGCCUCGCGGCCCCUCGCCUGACCAGCUAGUGGCGGCGUUGAAGGCCAUUCCCGUGCUGGAGCAGCAGCAGCAGCAGCAGCAGGUGGCGGCGGGGCAGCCCAGCGACCGCGCGUUUAAGCAGGUUGGCGCCAUUCUGCGCCUCUGGUCUGAGGGCCUGUCGGAGGGCGGGUCACUGCCCCUGGCCGGCGCAGCGGCCCGGCGCCUGACGUUCCUGCUGCCGCCGCUGCCCGUGUUUCCAUGCCGCACCCGCCCCAGCAGCGUCAGUGCUGCUGGCGGCGGGGCUAAGACUGCUGGUGGCGGUGCUGGUGGUGCUAAUGCUGGUGGUGGCGGCGGCGCCUGGCGCUGGGUGUCGGCUCGUGAGGGGCUGCUGGAGGGCGACGACCCAGAACUGGUGGAGAGGUUCGCAGGGGCGGCACCAGACUUGUACAUUCUGGACCCGGCCUUUGGACGCGCGCCACCCGGAGUUGCGGCGGCGUCAGGUGGUGCGGGCGGUGGUGCGGGCGGUGGCGGUGGCGGUGGCGGUGGCGGUGGCAGUGGCGGCAGCCCUCUGGGGCCGCUGCUGCGGCUGCUGGGUGUGCCGCGGCUGUCGGAGUGUGUGGUGGAGGCGCCGCAGUACGAGGGAUUGCACGCGGGCUGGGCUGUGGAGCGGCUCAUUCGCAUCAGCCUGCAGUUCGUGCAGCGAUACCUGCUGCACAAGCGUCCUGAGCUGUACGAGUCAGUGCGGGAGGCGGUGGCGGAGCGGCUGCCGCGGCUCAAGGUGGUGGUCGUGGACAAGAACAGCCUGAAGGUCGUGCACACGCUGCACCACCCCGACGGCCGCCCGCCCCUGACAGCCCCCCAGCCCCAGCCCCGAGCCGCCGUGCUACAGCUCCGCCAGCAACCCCAGCCGCCACAGCCCCGGGGCCAGGGCGGCGCCAAGCCGGCUGCUGCUGCUGCUACUGCCACCGCUACUGCCGCCGCGGCGGUUGUGACUCCGUGGCUGUUCGUGGACGAUGUGCGGAACUACCCGCGUAUCAGCGACGAGCUAUGCAGGCUGUUCACGUGCGCGGCGGCGGCAGCGGGAGGGGGCGGAGCGGCGGGAGCAGCAGGUGUGGGGGCGGCGGCGGCGGCGGCGGCGGCUCAGCGGCAGCUGGACAGGGGGCUGGCGGACUUUUUGCGCACACUCAUCCUCACACACGAAGCGGACCAAGACCCGGAGCGGGACGCCAAACGCGAGGCGGCGGAGGCGUUUGCGGCGGACUCGGGCUGCCCGCCGCUGCCCGAGGGAGAGCCCGAGUGGGAGGUUCCGCUUGGCAUCCUCCAGCAGUCGCAGCAGCCCGACCCGUUGCCGGCGGCGGCGGCGGCGGCCGACAGCGGCGGCGAAUCGCAGCCACCUCCUCAGCUGCUUGACCUGCCGGACCACGACCCAGAUGAACUGCUGCUGGCGGCAAACGUCAAGCCCUUUGCCCGCCGCCAGCAGCAGCAGGCGGAGCCGUCGCCGCUGCAACAGCAGCAGCACCAGCAGCACCAGCACCAGCAGCAGGCAGGUGGAUGGUACCAACCCAACACAGGCCCGGGUGGCCCCGGCGGCGGCAGUGGCGGCCGGCCCCAGCAUGACAGUGUGCUGUCGGCGGCGGCGGCGGCGGCCGGCAUGGCGCUGGGCCUUGGCCCCGGUGGCGGCGGCGGCGGCGGCGGCGGUGAUAGCUGGCCGCCGCUUGGUGGGGCGUACGGUGGCGGCGGCAGCGGCGGCCCGGUGGUAACAGCAGACAGUGGCGGCACCCACUACUUGCCGGCAUCAGACACCGCGGCAGGUGCGGCAAACACGCCGUCGCCGCCGCAGCAGCCUCCACAGCAGCUGCAGCCGCGGCAGGGCGGCAUGCUACCGCCAGCGCCAGUGCAGCAGCCGCCCUUGCUGCCGGUGCACCAGCAGACGGGUGGCGUCGGCCUUGCUACGCCUGCUCCUGCACCUGCUCCUGCUCCUGCUCCUGCCGGCUUCAUACCCGGUGGUGCCUACAACCCACUAGCAGCCAUGCAGCAGCACCAGCAGCAGCACCAACAGCCUCCAACGCAGUUCGAAGCCGACAGGGCUCCGUCAUCAGCGAGCGCGUUGGGCUCGUUCGGACCGGCGGCAGCAGGGCCCCCCGAACCUGCAACCGCGCUGCCGCCGCCGCCGGCUGCCCCUGCUGCUGCUGUGGGCCAUCCGCCGCCGGCGCCGGCUGCCCCGCUGCCGCCCAACUUCGCAUCGCUGCCGCCGCACAUGCAGCUUAUGUUCAUGCGGCCGCAACAGCAGCCACAGCAACAGCAACAGCCGCAGCCGCAACAGGUGCAGCUGCAGCUGCAACAGGCCCCGCCACAGCCUCCGCUGCAGCCGCCGCCGCCGCCACACCUGCUGCCGCCGCCGCCACACCCCGUCAUCAUGAGUGGCGCGCUGACAGUGCCGCCGCCGGGCCCCAUGCCGCUGCCCCACCUCAUGCCUGGUGGCCCGCACACGCACGCGCAGCUCCCAUCGGGCUUGCAGCAACCUCCGGGCUUCCCACCGCAGCCGCAACAACCGCCGCUGCACGCGCCAGUGCAACAGCAGCCGCGGCCGUUCCCGGGAGACGGUGUUGGCGGCGGUGGGGCUGGCGGCGGCGCUGGUGACAGCAGCAGGCCUCCCCGGCGCGGCGGCGGACUGGGGCGCCUGAUGCAGCUGCAGCAUCAGGACCACCAGGAGGCCGCAGCAGGUGGCGGCGGCGGGUACGGCAACAGCAGUGGGGAAGGCACGUGGGGAGGCGGCGGCGUGCCGCCGUACGGAGCACUCGGCGGCGGCGGCGGCGCCCGCCGGCGCCGUACGGCGCUGCCACCGGAUCAGUUGUACGGCGAGGUGCAGGCCUCGGCGGUGGUUGGCGGUGGCGGUUGGCCGUCGCCGGGUCGCGGUGCGCCAGUGCUGCUGCCGGUACCUCCUGUGGGGGCCGCCGGCGGCGGUGGUGCGUUCGCGAUGGAUGUUGCGCUGGGGGCGCCGGACGGCAGUGCUGGGGCCGCGUCGCCCGUGCAGUGGGUCUGCCUGCCUGACCUGCUCACGUCGGACCAGCACCCCCACCAGCCCGGCACCGACUCCACCGCCGCCGCCGCCGCCACAGCCGCGCAGCUGCUCGCCAGCGCCGAGGCCACCGCGCGCGCGCUGCUUGACGCCGAGCGGCUCAGCAUCGGCCUUGCCAGCCCUGGCAGCGGCAUGGGUGCGGGUGCGGCGGACGGCAUGGCUGACGAGGGUGGUGGCGGCGCAGCGGCCGCUGCCGCGGCGGCGGCGGGCAACGGCGUGGGCGCCUGGGGCGCGGCGGAGGCUCGGUCGCGGUGGGCCGAAGCGCUGGUGUUUGAGCUGCUGCUGCGGGACGCAGGAGUGGUGGCGGAGGGCUGGGCGGUGGAGUGGGUCAGCGCGCGGCCCGAGAUGCGCACCGCGCCCUUUGACAUACUCAUGACGCGACCUAGCCCCGAGGCGCCUGGUCUGGUGGAGGCGGUGUUUGUGGAGGUCAAGAGCAGCAGCCGGGCGGGCGGCGACAAGCGCGGCUUCGAGAUGAGCGCGCAGGAGCUGGCCAAGGCGCAGCAGGAGGGAGCCAGCUACAUCAUUUUCCGAGUGCUGGGCAUCGGCGCGCCGGGCGGUGGCGGCAGUGGCGGCAGUAGCGGCAGUAGCAGCACUACCGGUGUGGCGGGUCUGGAGCUGCAGGUGCUGACGGACCCGUGGGGCAUGGCCCUGCGCAAGGAGCUGCAGCUGUGUGUGCUCACGCCGCAAGCCUGAUAGCUCGGCCGGCCCAGGCGGGCCGGGGCGGGCCGGGCCGGGGCGGGCCGGGGCUAGCUGUCGUCGUCGGCGGCGGUGGCUGCCCCCACCUGCUGUGGCAGUGCUGCGCCGCCGGACUGUCUUAGCUCGGGACGGAUAAUGUGUUGUUGAGCUUGGCGGAAGGACGGCUUAGAUUGCCACUUUGUUUGUGGGCUCGCGGCCCUCAUAGCCUGGCGGGAUACGUUUUACGGACGCUUCAUUCGCAGACAGGCGGCAUUUACAGUAGGCAGUAGCCAGAUUGAUGUUUACUCUUGCACCUGGUUGCACCUGCCAGCCUGGAGCCUCUGCUGGCAAGUCACCAUGGCGGCUUUGCUCUUUGAGGCUUUUAGCAGUUGUGAGGCGCAAGCAAGGCAUCGUGUAAAGUCACGACGCU